CAGCAGCCGUCGCAAACGAUGCCGUAAAGCAGGUAAAAUAGUCGCGCAGCAGCCCCUGAUGUUCUGCCUGAGAAGCCCCGUCGGUCUCUCCGUACGGCACCCGAGCUGAAUACGAAACAUGCCGCCAAAAGGUCCCCUGCAGUCUGUCCAGGUUUUCGGACGUAAAAAAACUGCCACAGCAGUCGCCCACUGCAAGAGAGGCAAUGGCUUGAUUAAAGUCAACGGCAGACCCCUAGAGAUGGUGGAGCCUGCUACCCUGCAGUACAAGCUGCUGGAGCCUGUGCUGCUACUGGGCAAGGAACGUUUUGCUGGAGUUGACAUCAGAGUCCGAGUGAAGGGAGGUGGACAUGUCGCACAGGUUUAUGCCAUCAGACAGUCCAUCUCCAAAGCACUGGUGGCGUACUACCAGAAGUAUGUGGACGAGGCCUCCAAGAAGGAGAUCAAGGACAUCCUGAUCCAGUACGACAGGACCCUGCUGGUUGCCGACCCACGUCGCUGCGAGUCCAAGAAAUUCGGUGGACCUGGAGCCCGCGCCCGCUACCAGAAAUCCUACCGUUAAUCGCAGUGUACAUUUUCAAAAUAAAGGAGGAACAAAACAUCUCA